AACAUCGGCCGCGAUGCAGAGCUCAUCACGGAUCCAUCGUUCACAUUCACCGUGAGCCCUCCAGUCAGAUGGACGUACUAUCCGCCGAUUGCGCCAACAGGUGGUACCACAAUCAGCAACUUCUUACGCGGCAGUCACGUACAUCAACUGAAGCCUUGCAAAUAUGCGCAAAAUGAUCGUGAGCUGCGUUACUCGCGGAACAAAGAUUGGCUACCUCGCCGGUGCACCGUCUACCAAAUGGGCUCCAUUGUAACCCAGCAACAAGCCACAGCCACAACUUGUCCACUGUCCACAACUAUGAUUCAAGCUGGCAUCGGGCCGUAUCAAGAAUACACCAAAACACUUACGGUGUCCGAUCCGUGGUAUCGAGUGGUGGAACAACGCUGUCCCAUCGAUAUAACCUUGGAGCGAGUCCUGGUCCUGCGUAAAUUUCAGAUAAAGCACUCUGUGAACCUCAGAGAAAAUAUCAAGCACGUGGUUUCGGAUCAGCACCAUCUACGAAUUAAUAAAAUACAUUAUCCAAUUAAUUGA